CCUCGGUCACGUUAAGAAAUACUGCAGUCUGCUCACAGCAGUGAUCAUAUUACAUCUGCUGUCGCGAAAAACCGAGGAACCUCAAUUAACUUGAUUUAUUUGAAUCAGUCUGAAAUCCACGAAUAAUCGAAAUGUCUCUAGAGCAAUUAUUAUUUUGUCCCAGUUGGUGGGAGAACCUGGAACGUACCAAUCGUACUUUAGAUAAAACUCUGAAUCCUGGAGUCAGUCCUGAAAUUCUAAUCCCAAAAAUUCUGCAAAUGUACGAUCUUCUAUCGCAUAAAACGGACUUGAAGUCUCCUAUGGAGUAUUACAGACCGUGGGGUGAAUUUCUACGUAAAGACGAAGGUGGUACAUCAAUUGUGGUAGCUGAUAAAGACAAGUUUCGUGUGAAUUUGGACGUACAGGAAUUUCAAUCUGACGAAAUCAGUGUUAAAGUCGUAGAUCGUUUUGUCGUCGUCGAAGCAAGUCACGAAGAGAAGGAGGAUGAACACGGCUGGAUCUCUAGACGAUUCACGAGGAAAUACAUAAUUCCAGAACAAUGUGACAUCGACCAAGUUUCCUCGGAACUUUCAUCGGAUGGUGUUCUUUCGAUCAUCGUACCGCGCAAAGAAAAAUUUGCUUCUGGAAAUGAAAGGGUAAUUAACAUCGAGCGCACCGGCAAAUCGUCUGUAUGUGAUAUGCAAAACGAAGAGAAUGAAGCGAAGGAAAAAGAGAAAGAGAAGGAGAAAGAAGGAGAAAAAGAGGAGGAAAAGGAAGAGGAGCAGGAGGAGGAGGAGGAGGCAGAGUAAAAUUUAAGACCGAGUUCGACUUUUAUUAUCUUAUUCUACACUAGCUCCUAUCGCGAAUAUUUAUUUGAUGUUUAUAUCAGCGAAACGCCUUGAACAAAUUUAGAUUUACAUUUACGUAUUUUUCAUACAUCUACAUACAUAUGUACAAUACGUACUACAUUGAUCUUAUUAGAUAAACUUACAGUAAUAUUUAUUAUUUCAAAUAUUAUUUCAAGUAUUUUUUUCUAUAUGUAAUAAUCAUGUUACAUAUAUAAAUACUAAAAAUUGACAUUCUGAUAUAUGUAGUAUAUCUAGGAAUAUGUUUCUUUCAUUGUUUUAUCUAUGAUAUUUUUAAUAUAUUCUGAUUUAUGUUACUAAGCUGAUAAUUAGUAAGCUGAUCUAUGUAACAUAUGUAUAAAAGUAAUCUUGUAUCUAGCUUAAAAGCAUGUACUCGAUCUUGCAAGCGAUCAAUAAUACUGAUUGUGAGAUAUCGAGAUGUAAUUUUCAACGUAAUUUAGGUCUAUAUGCAAUCGAAUCUAAGUAAAGCAGAAGAAAAUGUAAAGAAAGAUUUUAUUUUUAUAGUGCUUAUUUGAAGAAAAUUGUAAUUUCGUUUAAAAUUUUAAUCAACUUUAAACAAACAGUAUUAUUAUUAAAGGAUAUUUAAUAUAUAACAUAAUACUUAUUAGAUAUAUCGAUAUUAGUAUACCAUGGAAUGAGAAAUGAAUUCCUAUUGAAUAAUAUUAUUAAUUUUUAUUUACAUAUUCCUACUAAAUAGUAUUAUAUUUUUAUAAUUAGUAGCAAUUAUAUUUAUAUUAC